AUGACCAACUCUUCCACGUCCACUUCCUCCGCCACCGGGGGAUCGCUGUUGCUGCUCUGCGAGGAAGAGGAGUCGUGGGCGGGCCGGCGCAUCCCCGUGUCCCUCCUGUACUCAGGCCUGGCCAUCGGGGGCACGCUGGCCAACGGCAUGGUCAUCUAUCUCGUGUCGUCCUUCCGAAAGCUGCAGACGACCAGCAACGCCUUCAUCGUGAACGGCUGCGCCGCCGACCUCAGCGUCUGCGCCCUCUGGAUGCCGCAGGAGGCGGUGCUCGGGCUCCUGCCCGCGGGCUCCGCGGAGCCCCCCGGGGACUGGGACGGCGCCGGGGGGAGCUACCGCCUGCUGCGGGGCGGGCUGCUGGGCCUCGGGCUCACCGUGUCCCUCGUGUCCCACUGCCUGGUGGCCCUGAACCGCUACCUGCUCAUCACCCGGGCGCCCGCCACCUACCAGGCGCUGUACCAGCGGCGCCACACGGCCGGCAUGCUGGCGCUGUCCUGGGCACUCGCCCUGGGCCUCGUGCUGCUGCUCCCGCCCUGGGCGCCGCGUCCCGGCGCCGCGCCCCCGCGCGUCCACUACCCGGCGCUGCUGGCCGCCGCGGCGCUGCUGGCGCAGACGGCGCUGCUGCUGCACUGCUACCUGGGCAUCGUGCGCCGCGUGCGCGUCAGCGUCAAGCGGGUCAGCGUCCUCAACUUCCACCUGCUGCACCAGCUGCCCGGCUGCGCCGCCGCCGCCGCCUUCCCGGGCGCCCCUCACGCGCCAGGCCCGGCUGGUGCCGCGCACCCGGCUCAGGCCCAGCCCCUGCCCCCAGCGCUGCACCCGCGGCGGGCGCAGCGGCGUCUCAGCGGCCUGUCGGUGCUGCUGCUCUGCUGCGUCUUCUUGCUGGCCACGCAGCCGCUGGUGUGGGUGAGCCUGGCCAGCGGCUUCUCGCUGCCCGUGCCCUGGGGUGUGCAGGCGGCCAGCUGGCUCCUGUGCUGCGCUCUGUCCGCGCUCAACCCGCUGCUCUACACGUGGAGGAACGAGGAGUUCCGCCGCUCCGUGCGCUCCGUCCUGCCCGGCAUCGGCGACGCGGCGGCCGCUGCCGCCGCCGCCACGGCUGUGCCUGCGGUGUCCCAGGCGCAGCUGGGCACUCGCGCCGCAGGCCAGCACUGGUGA